AGUUCUUUAACCAAUAUUUGGAACCUUUUACUAUACAACAACAUCAAGAAUUUCCAGCAGUAUUUCCGAACAAGGUUUUAAAUUUAGACCUUAAAGUUGAAUUAAAAGAUAAUAUGGUUCCUAUUCAAAGUUCAAUACAAAAUUUUAUUUGGAAAAAAGAUAAUAAAAUAAAUGAGAAUAUUGCUGAAAAUGAAAUGAAACCAUUAUAUUUAAAAUCUUUGAUGAAUGAGAUUCAAAAUAAAAUCAGCCUAAAAAUUAAUUUGCUACAAGCAUAUCUUUUAGAAAUGCUUAAGAAGCAAGAAAUUAAAGAAAGUCGAAAUAAGAUUAACAUAAAAAUCAUUUUAUUGGAAAAAAAAAUUCAAACUCAAGAGAUUCAGAAUAAAGUCUGCUUAAAUUUAAUUAAAGAGAUUCAAAAUGAAAUUGACAAAAAAAUUAAUUUAAUUGUUUAUAAAAUACAAGCACAAGAAAUUCAAGAUGAAGUCAACACAAAUCUAGUGAUUAAGGAGAUUCAAAAUGAAAUUGAUUUAAAAAUUAAUUCAUUAAAUCAAAAAAAAUUAUCUGCAAACAUUUUAGUAAAACAAGAAUUUAACAAAUUGAACAAGAAAAUUCAAGAUAUUGAACAAAAUAUUGAACAAGAACUUCACAACCUAAAAAAUCAUUUAGUGUUUAUGUUAAUAGAAAUAAUUCUGAACAAGUCAAAAUGA